CUGUUUUUGUCAAGCUUUUUGACAUUGGUAGACGCCAAUAUUUUCUCAGAUUCUGAAUCUUCUUGGACGCAUCCAGCUCUCAGUUAAAUUCAACUGAAAAAUGAGCUAAACUUAAAUUCGAAAAUACAAUUUGGCGUUUUCUGAGCGACUAAAUAUUGAUGAAUGCAGGAUACAGAAUAUACUAAAGAGGAAUCUAGUAUUAUAGCGCAGGGUCAAAAAGUGAGAUUUGGGGCACGUCACGUGCAAUUUAUAUUCAUCUUUGGAUGUCUCACUUUAAGUAUAGCGAUGCGAGCAAGUUUUUCCAUUGCCAUUGUAGCCAUGACGGACAAUAAAACUACUCAGAACCAUGAUGUUCCCACAUACUCAUGGAACAACACCAGCGUUAUGCUUUCGUCCUUUUUCUGGAGUUAUAUAAUCUUCCAAGUAUUCGCUGGAUAUGUAGCAAAGAAGUACGGGCCAAAAUAUUUACUUCUUUCUGGUUCUAUAGUCAAUGCCCUUUCCUUCUCCCUAAUUCCUGUAUCUGCAAAAUAUGCUAGUUCGGACGGCGUAAUAGCAAUGAGGGUAAUACAAGGUCUUGCUCAAGGUAGUUUGUUUCCUUGUGCACAUACCGUACUUGGAACAUGGUCUCCUACCGAAGAAAGAAGUUUAAUGGGUAUGAUCGUUUAUUCAGGAAUAAGUUGUGGCUCCGUAUUGUCUUUUAUUAUAACCGGAUAUGUAUGCUCCUCGUGGGCUGGAUGGCCAGUCUCAUUCUAUAUAUUUGCUGUUGCUGGUAUAGUUUGGUGUGUAUUAUAUUUUCAAUUUGGGUACAACAGCCCAGCUGUUCAUCCUUCCAUAAAGAUGGAAGAAAGGCGCUAUAUAGAAACAUCUCUUGGUCAAUCUAAUACUUCCGAAGACGUACCAGUACCAUGGAAGGCGAUAUUAACCAGCAAAUACUUUUGGUCGAUAGUUUCUGCUAAUAUUGGUUCUGCAUGGGGGUAUGCGAUGAUGAUGACUCAAAUUCCCACUUACUUGGGCAAAGUGAUGAAAUUUGAGAUAUCUUCAAAUGGUGUUGUGAGUGCAAUACCUUACAUGGCUGGUGCUGUGACUGGCUUUAUAUUUGCGCGCCUAUCUGAUUAUUUAAUUGGGAAAAAUUGGCUCACGACCAUACAAUCCAGAAGAACUUUUCAAGUGCUUGGUUCUUAUGGUUUAGUUAUAUCCUUCAUGAUUUUGGCUUAUGUGUCCAGUACGAGGACUUUUGCAGUCGUCCUGCUCUCCUUAGCAAAUAUAGCGUAUUCGGCCACAUUAGUGGGUUAUUCUGUAAACCAUGUAGAUCUAUCACCAAGAUUUGCCGGCAUUCUGCAAGGCAUCAGCAACGCUAUCAGUCAGGCCAUUGCUAUGUUUUCGCCUUUGAUAGUGCAUUUUUUAGUUAAGGAUCGCAGUGAUAGAUUGCAAUGGCGAGCAGUGUUUGUGAUUGCAUCUGGAUUCUACUUUAUAUGCUCUACUUUAUAUGGAUUUUUUUCCUCUGCCACGCGCCAGAAAUGGAAUGGACCUUCGUCUUCUGCGCCCUCGAACAUUCAGUUGAGAAGAUCUACUUUUGAAACCCUACACAGCAACCCGCGAUAUGAGUACGUGUUAGUAACAUGUAUUCGCAACCAAUUGAACGCUAUCGUUAUCUCAGGACUGGAUAGUUUAGACUCAUUGUCGUUUUUAUGCUAUAAAGUUGCAAAGUUGAAAAUGUUUCCAGAAAAAGUAAGAAUUGGGCAGCAAGAAAACAAAGCCGAAUUGGUGAAUGGAAUUUACACUGGAAAUAAAGGUCCACUUUUCGGAGCCAGGCAUGUGCAAAUUUUGCUUCUGUCCUAUUGUGUUUUAAUUGGUAUUGCAACUAGAGGAUCGUUUGCAGUGCAAAUAGUAGCAAUGACUGCUCAGAAUUCCUCUUCAUCAAACCCCGACAUCCCCACUUAUUAUGACUGGAAAAAUAGCAACAUAAUCCUUUCAUCGUUCUACUGGCUUUAUGUGGUUUCGAACCUUGUUGCAGCACCAUUAGAAAAGAAGUUUGGUCCUAAAUGGUUCUUUCUUGGAGCGAUAUUUUUAAAUUGUUUAGCAUACACUUUGCUUCCUGCAAUUGCAGCAUUAUUUGGAGAAUUUGGAGCACUAGCGUGUCGCCUAUUACAAGGGUUGGGAGAAGGUUUUAUGUUUCCGACACAGCAAGUAAUUUUAGGCCAAUGGGCUCCGGCAGAAGAAAGAUCACGAUCUAUCAUAGCAAUUAAUACAGGAAGCACUAUUGGAUCCAUGUUAUCGUCCAUUAUUCCCGGUUAUCUUUCAACCACAUGGUGGGGUUGGCCAUCUUCAUUCUACGUGAUAGGUGCAAUGGGCAUGCUGUGGUGUGUUCUUUUCCUGGUGUUUGGCAGAAACAGCCCUGCCAGCCACCCAAAAAUUACUGCUGAAGAAAAGCGGUAUAUUCAAAUGUCGCUCAAUCAAGAACAUACAACGGAAGUUCCUAUUCCUUUAAAACAAAUGGCCACAUCUGUACCGGUGUUGUGUAAUGAGGUUGCUCAAAUAGGCAUAGCGUGGUCCAAUAAUAUGGCAUUAACGGAAUAUGCGUCAUAUCUAGACAAAGUUAUGAAUUUUGAUAUAAAAUCAAACGGGUUAUAUAGCGCUAUACCCCCUGGAAUGGCUUUGAUAGCUGGCUUGAUUUUUGGACCUGCGUCAGAUUAUGCGAUAAUGCACAAUUAUCUUUCAACGGUCAAUUCGAGAAGAUUGUUUCAUUUAAUAGGUGGUACCGGAAUAUCUAUAAGCAUAGUAUCCCUAUCAUUUCUGGAUCAGUCUCAGAAAUACAUGGCCAUAUUGCUAAUGGUCUGCAUCUACGUAUCACAGUCCGCAAUGGCGUGCGGUAAUGUUACCAAUAUGAUAGAUCUGUCUCCAAGAUUCGCUGGUAUAAUUUUCGGAAGCUCAAAUGCUGUUGGCCAAUCCAUCGGACUAUUUGCUCCAAUUUUGGUACAACUCAUAGUUACACAUGAGUCUGAUAUCACCCAGUGGCGGAUAGUUUUCAUAAUUACUGCAGGAAUUAUUAUGGGUACUUCAAUAGUUUUUGUAAUUUUUGCAUCCGGAGAUCGACAGCCGUGGGAUGGACCUGCUGAUCCCAAUGAACCUUAUUCAGUGAGGCAAAAGAAAAUUUCGGUUAUCAGUAUGACCUAAGUGAUCAAAACUGUACUGAUGUUCAGAGGCAUGGAAGAAACACUCAGGACGUUUUAAUUUAAAACCCAUUACUUCUUUACAAUUAAAAAAUGUCACUAAUGAUUUUUAUUUAAGGAUUUUAUAUUUAUAUACCUAUUAGCAAUAAGUUUUACAAUAAGAAUUAUACAAAGAAUAUAAGUAAUUAUUACGCAAAACAGCUUGUGCAUAUAGUCAUCAAGCAAACUGCAAAACGUGUUUGUAAUAAUUCGAAUAAUUUACAGUAUUGACCAAGAGAAAAUUAAUAAAUUAGUUGAAAUCAG